UCCCUGGCGGUACCACCAUGCCAGGCCUCAGUCAGGAAUCUACAGCUUCCCACAGCAGCCCAGGCUCCACAGACACGACACUGUCCCCUGGCAGUACCACAGCAUCAUCCCUUGGUCCAGAAUCUACUACCUUCCACAGCAGCCCAGGCUCCACUGAAACAACACUCUUACCUGACAACACCACGACCUCAGGCCUCCUUGAAGCAUCUACGCCCGUCCACAGCAGCACUGGAUCGCCACACACAACACUGUCCCCUGCCGGCUCUACAACCCGUCAGGGAGAAUCUACCACCUUCCAGAGCUGGCCAAGCUCAAAGGACACUAGGCCUGCACCUCCUACUACCACAUCAGCCUUUGUUGAGCUAUCUACAACCUCCCACAGCAGCCCGAGCUCAACUCCAACAACCCACUUUUCUGCCAGCUCCACAACCUUGGGCCGUAGUGAGGAAUCGACAACAGUCCACAGCAGCCCAGUUGCAACUGCAACAACACCCUCGCCUGCCCGCUCCACAACCUCAGGCCUCGUUGAAGAAUCUACGACCUACCACAGCAGCCCGGGCUCAACUCAAACAACGCACUUCCCUGAAAGCGCCACAACUUCAGGCCGUGGUGAAGAAUCAACAACUUCCCACAGCAGCACAACACACACAAUAUCUUCACCUCCUAGCACCACAUCUGCCCUUGUUGAAGAACCUACAAGCUACCACAGCAGCCCGGGCUCAACUGCAACAACACACUUCCCUGACAGCUCCACAACCUCAGGCCGUAGUGAGGAAUCAACAGCAUCCCACAGCAGCCAAGACGCAACGGGAACAAUAGUCCUACCUGCCCGCUCCACAACCUCAGUUCUUCUUGGAGAAUCUACGACCUCACCCAUCAGUUCAGGCUCAACGGAAACGACAGCGUUACCCGGCAGUACCACAACGCCAGGCCUCAGUGACAAAUCUACCACUUUCCACAGUAGCCCCAGAUCACCAGCCACAACACUCUCACCUGCCAGCACGACAAGCUCAGGCGUCAGUGAAGGAUCCACCACCUCCCACAGCCGACCAGGCUCAACGCACACAACAGCAUUCCCUGACAGCACCACCACGCCAGGCCUCAGUCGGGAUUCUACAACUUCCCACAGCAGCCCAGGCUCAACGGAUACAACACCGUUACCUGCCAGCACCACCACCUCAGGCCCCAGGCAGGAAUCAACAACUUCCCACAGCAGCCCAGGUUCAACUGACACAGCACUGUCCCCUGGCAGUACCACAGCCUUAUCCUUUGGUCAAGAAUCUACAACCUUCCACAGCAGCCCAGGCUCCACUCACACAACACUCUUCCCUGACAGCACCACAAGCUCAGGCAUCGUUGAAGCAUCUACACGCGUCCACAGCAGCACUGGCUCACCACGCACAACACUGUCCCCUGCCAGCUCCACAAGCCCUGGACUUCAGGGAGAAUCUACCGCCUUCCAGACCCACCCAGCCUCAACUCACACAACGCCUUCACCUCCUAGCACCACAACAGCCCCUGUUGAAGAAUCUACAACCUACCACCGCAGCCCAGGCUCGACUCCAACAACACACUUCCCUGCCAGCUCCACAACUUCGGGCCACAGUGAGAAAUCAACAAUAUUCCACAGCAGCCCAGAUGCAAGUGGGACAACACCCUCGCCUGCCCACUCCACAACCUCAGGUCGUGGAGAAUCUACAACCUCUCGCAUCAGUCCAGGCUCAACUGAAAUAACAACGUUACCUGGCAGUACCACAACACCAGGCCUCAGUGAGGCAUCUACCACCUUCUACAGCAGCCCCAGAUCACCAACCACAACACUCUCACCUGCCAGCAUGACAAGCCUAGGCGUCGGUGAAGAAUCCACCACCUCCCGUAGCCAACCAGGUUCUACUCACUCAACAGUGUCACCUGCCAGCACCACCACGCCAGGCCUCAGUGAGGAAUCUACCACCGCCUACAGCAGCAGCCCAGGCUCAACUGAAACCACAGUGUUCCCUCGCAGCACCACAACCUCAGUUCGUGGUGAAGAGCCUACAACCUUCCACAGCCGGCCAGCCUCAACUCACACAACACUGUUCGCUGAGGACAGCACCACCUCGGGCCUCACUGAAGAAUCUACAGCCUUCCCCGGCAGCCCAGUCUCCACCCAAACAGGGUUACCUGCCACACUCACAACCGCAGACCUCGGUGAGGAAUCAACAACCUUUCCCAGCAGCUCAGGCUCAACUGGAACAACACUCUCACCUGCCCGCUCCACCACCUCUGGCCUCGUUGGAGAAUCUACACCCUCACGCCUCAGUCCAAGCUCAACCGAAACAACAACUUUACCCGGCAGUCCCACAACACCAAGCCUCAGUGAGAAAUCAACCACCUUCUACACUAGCCCCAGAUCACCAGAUGCAACACUCUCACCUGCAACCACAACAAGCUCAGGCGUCAGCGAAGAAUCCAGCACAUCCCACAGUCAACCAGGCUCAACGCACACAACAGCGUUCCCUGACAGCACCACCACCUCAGGCCUCAGUCAGGAACCUACGACUUCCCACAGCAGCCAAGGCUCAACAGAGGCAACACUGUCCCCUGGCAGUACCACAGCCUCAUCCCUUGGUCAACAAUCUACCACCUUCCACAGCAGCCCAGGCGCCACUGAAACCACACUCUUACCUGACGACACCAUAACCUCAGGCCCCGUGGAGGCAUCUACACCCACCCACAGCAGCACUGGCUCGCUACACACAACACUGACCCCUGCCAGCUCCACAAGCACUGGCCUUCAGGAAGAAUCUACCACUUUCCAGAGCUGGCCAAGCUCGAGUGACACAACACCUUCACCUCGUGGCACCACAGCAGCCCCUGUUGAAGUAUCCACAACCUACCACAGCCGCCCGAGCUCAACUCCAACAACACACUUUUCUGCCAGUUCCACAACCUUGGGCCGUAGUGAGGAAUCAACAACAGUCCACAGCAGCCCAGGUGCAACUGGAACAACACUCUUCCCUACCCGCUCUGCAACCUCAGUUCUUGUUGGAGAACCUACAACGUCACCCAUCAGUUCAGGCUCAGUGGAAACAACAGCAUUACCUGGCAGUACCACAACAGCAGGCCUGAGUGAGAAAUCUACCACCUUCUACAGUAGCCCCAGAUCACCGGACACAACACUCUCACCUGUCGGCACGACAAGCUCAGGCGUCAGUGAAGAAUCCACCACCUCCCACGGCCAACCAGGCUCAACGCACACAACAGCAUUCCCUGGCGGUACCACCAUGCCAGGCCUCAGUCAGGAAUCUACAGCUUCCCACAGCAGCCCAGGCUCCACAGACACGACACUGUCCCCUGGCAGUACCACAGCAUCAUCCCUUGGUCCAGAAUCUACUACCUUCCACAGCAGCCCAGGCUCCACUGAAACAACACUCUUACCUGACAACACCACGACCUCAGGCCUCCUUGAAGCAUCUACGCCCGUCCACAGCAGCACUGGAUCGCCACACACAACACUGUCCCCUGCCGGCUCUACAACCCGUCAGGGAGAAUCUACCACCUUCCAGAGCUGGCCAAGCUCAAAGGACACUAGGCCUGCACCUCCUACUACCACAUCAGCCUUUGUUGAGCUAUCUACAACCUCCCACAGCAGCCCGAGCUCAACUCCAACAACCCACUUUUCUGCCAGCUCCACAACCUUGGGCCGUAGUGAGGAAUCGACAACAGUCCACAGCAGCCCAGUUGCAACUGCAACAACACCCUCGCCUGCCCGCUCCACAACCUCAGGCCUCGUUGAAGAAUCUACGACCUACCACAGCAGCCCGGGCUCAACUCAAACAACGCACUUCCCUGAAAGCGCCACAACUUCAGGCCGUGGUGAAGAAUCAACAACUUCCCACAGCAGCACAACACACACAAUAUCUUCACCUCCUAGCACCACAUCUGCCCUUGUUGAAGAACCUACAAGCUACCACAGCAGCCCGGGCUCAACUGCAACAACACACUUCCCUGACAGCUCCACAACCUCAGGCCGUAGUGAGGAAUCAACAGCAUCCCACAGCAGCCAAGACGCAACGGGAACAAUAGUCCUACCUGCCCGCUCCACAACCUCAGUUCUUCUUGGAGAAUCUACGACCUCACCCAUCAGUUCAGGCUCAACGGAAACGACAGCGUUACCCGGCAGUACCACAACGCCAGGCCUCAGUGACAAAUCUACCACUUUCCACAGUAGCCCCAGAUCACCAGCCACAACACUCUCACCUGCCAGCACGACAAGCUCAGGCGUCAGUGAAGAAUCCACCACCUCCCACAGCCGACCAGGCUCAACGCACACAACAGCAUUCCCUGACAGCACCACCACGCCAGGCCUCAGUCGGGAUUCUACAACUUCCCACAGCAGCCCAGGCUCAACGGAUACAACACCGUUACCUGCCAGCACCACCACCUCAGGCCCCAGGCAGGAAUCAACAACUUCCCACAGCAGCCCAGGUUCAACUGACACAGCACUGUCCCCUGGCAGUACCACAGCCUUAUCCUUUGGUCAAGAAUCUACAACCUUCCACAGCAGCCCAGGCUCCACUCACACAACACUCUUCCCUGACAGCACCACAAGCUCAGGCAUCGUUGAAGCAUCUACACGCGUCCACAGCAGCACUGGCUCACCACGCACAACACUGUCCCCUGCCAGCUCCACAAGCCCUGGACUUCAGGGAGAAUCUACCGCCUUCCAGACCCACCCAGCCUCAACUCACACAACGCCUUCACCUCCUAGCACCACAACAGCCCCUGUUGAAGAAUCUACAACCUACCACCGCAGCCCAGGCUCGACUCCAACAACACACUUCCCUGCCAGCUCCACAACUUCGGGCCACAGUGAGAAAUCAACAAUAUUCCACAGCAGCCCAGAUGCAAGUGGGACAACACCCUCGCCUGCCCACUCCACAACCUCAGGUCGUGGAGAAUCUACAACCUCUCGCAUCAGUCCAGGCUCAACUGAAAUAACAACGUUACCUGGCAGUACCACAACACCAGGCCUCAGUGAGGCAUCUACCACCUUCUACAGCAGCCCCAGAUCACCAACCACAACACUCUCACCUGCCAGCAUGACAAGCCUAGGCGUCGGUGAAGAAUCCACCACCUCCCGUAGCCAACCAGGUUCUACUCACUCAACAGUGUCACCUGCCAGCACCACCACGCCAGGCCUCAGUGAGGAAUCUACCACCGCCUACAGCAGCAGCCCAGGCUCAACUGAAACCACAGUGUUCCCUCGCAGCACCACAACCUCAGUUCGUGGUGAAGAGCCUACAACCUUCCACCGCCGGCCAGCCUCAACUCACACAACACUGUUCGCUGAGGACAGCACCACCUCGGGCCUCACUGAAGAAUCUACAGCCUUCCCCGGCAGCCCAGUCUCCACCCAAACAGGGUUACCUGCCACACUCACAACCGCAGACCUCGGUGAGGAAUCAACAACCUUUCCCAGCAGCUCAGGCUCAACUGGAACAACACUCUCACCUGCCCGCUCCACCACCUCUGGCCUCGUUGGAGAAUCUACACCCUCACGCCUCAGUCCAAGCUCAACCGAAACAACAACUUUACCCGGCAGUCCCACAACACCAAGCCUCAGUGAGAAAUCAACCACCUUCUACACUAGCCCCAGAUCACCAGAUGCAACACUCUCACCUGCAACCACAACAAGCUCAGGCGUCAGCGAAGAAUCCAGCACAUCCCACAGUCAACCAGGCUCAACGCACACAACAGCGUUCCCUGACAGCACCACCACCUCAGGCCUCAGUCAGGAACCUACGACUUCCCACAGCAGCCAAGGCUCAACAGAGGCAACACUGUCCCCUGGCAGUACCACAGCCUCAUCCCUUGGUCAACAAUCUACCACCUUCCACAGCAGCCCAGGCGCCACUGAAACCACACUCUUACCUGACGACACCAUAACCUCAGGCCCCGUGGAGGCAUCUACACCCACCCACAGCAGCACUGGCUCGCUACACACAACACUGACCCCUGCCAGCUCCACAAGCACUGGCCUUCAGGAAGAAUCUACCACUUUCCAGAGCUGGCCAAGCUCGAGUGACACAACACCUUCACCUCGCGGCACCACAGCAGCCCCUGUUGAACCCCAGAUCACCGGACACAACACUCUCACCUGUCGGCACGACAAGCUCAGGCGUCAGUGA